CGAAGUGCGACAGAUUCUUUGCACGUAGCUCGACUUGGGAGUAUCACAAUGAGAAUAAGUGCCCCAGAAUGGCUGAUAAGUGUUGCAAAUAUUGCAACAAAAUAUUAACGACACGUUCCAAGUUGACAAGCCACUUAAGGAAGCAUAAAGGGGAGAUGUUGACUGACCCGACUGUGACUGUGUAUAAAUGUGUGGCCUGUUCCAAACAAUUCGUUGACAAAAAGUUGUAUGAUAAACAUAGAAAGAUGCAUGAUCCAGAAUAUAUGGAUAAACAUCAUUGUGUCGUAUGCAGUCUUCUGCUUGAAACAAAUGGCUUUGCU